CACAUCCAUAUAUGUGCCUACGAUACUUGGAAACGAUCAGUAAUCUUUGAACAUCCCUCGCACGCGAUCGUCGUCGUAUAAAGGAAUAACGUCGGUGACAUAUUUGAUAUCUAUAAAAUAUUAUAUAAAUCUAUAAGAAUCGAUAAAAUAACGUCAUGUUUAUGAGCAUAGCGAUAAAAAUAAUAAUAAGCAUUUUAACCGGAACUUUUUGUGACUGCAGCGAAACAGUUUUAAAGGAAAAAUACAAAGAAAAAAUGUCAACUUCAAAGAGUACGAACGAACCUCCCCCCACGAGACCUCCUCGUAAACCUCGAUAUGAUGCUCGAAGGUUCGAAAUUGAGGAAAAGUCUCCAUCGAUUUCAAAUCGAUGGACUACGAGCGAAUCGUCGAUCGAUGAUCGCGCUAUAAAAGUAGUAACGGCACAGAUCGAAAGGCAACCGAAUGGGCAACCACCAAACUUGUUGAGAUCGGUAUUGCUUUUGCGCGAGGCCGAUCAAACGUCGGACGAGUUAGAGCUAAAAAUGAUGUCACCGAACGAUAAACACGAUUAUACGGAAAAGACAUUGACGAGGAAAACGCUCAGCAUGGUAACGAGCGACGAAACCGAAACGUUCUACUUGGAUAUUCCACCGACGUCGUCGUCGUCGCAUUUACCUCGCACAGAUACGAAUACAUCCACGUCCACGAAAAUCUAUCGUCCAACGCAACAUCCGAAAGACUUCGAUAACGGACAAAUCGUACUACAAAAAUAUUUUCUAUUUUUCAAUAAAUCGGAUAAAUCUCUCCAUACGACAAACUUGUCGACCACGGACUACGCGAAUUUGGAAGGCGAAGAAUAUUUGACGAAAAAGGAGAGACGAAAAACAUUGUCGAAGCUCUUUCAAUGUCACAAGUGA